AUGAGGAGAGUCGUCUGUAUAUUACAUAGAAUAUUUUCAAUAUUUCAUCUAUCACUUCUCUCUUCUCUCCGUUUACCUCUUUCUCAUUUACUCUCUGACGCUUUAUUACACUGUCAACAUCGAUUCCCACCCUCUCAUUCUGUAUGUCGCUUUCUCUUUUCAUCUCUCUAUUCCCCCUCUCUCACUCUAUUUUUAUUUAUUUCACUCUUUCUUUCUCUUUGUCUGUAUCUCUAUCGCGUUCUCUCUUUCCUUUUAUCUCUUUCUCGUUUACACAGCCUGACUCUUUAUUACUCUCUUUGUUACCACUCUCUCUUUCUGUUUGUCAUUUUCUAUUUUCAUCUGUCUCCCUAUCCCCUCUCUCUUUCCAUUUAUCUCACUCUGUCUUUCUUCUUGUCUGUCUCUCUUUCGCAUUGUGUGUAUACCCCCUUUCACUUUCUGAAUAUCUCUACCCCUUUCUCCUCCUGUUUGUCGCUUUCUGAGACAGAGAGUAAACGGGAGCGAAACAAAUGGAAAAAAAAGAGGGGGAAUAGACACAGUGUGAUAGAGAGACAGAAAGAGAGUGUGAGACAAACAAACAAAAAAAGAUAG